CCCAGAGUUAGGCUUUUUCACUCCCAACUCCCUGCAAAGAAACAGGAGUGCUAAUCCCGACAAGGCUCCAGGGUUUGUUACCUCAGAAAAUUUACUGCAUCUUUCUGAACCUCAAUUACCUCAUCUCUCAUCUGCACAUGAGAGUAAUAAUAGUACUUACCUCUUAUGAUGGCUGUGAGAAUGACAUUGGAUAAAUUCAUGUGAAAAAUUUCUUUGCAGAUUCUGGAGUGCAUUGAUGAUAGUCACAUCAUGGAGGGAUUAUAAUUCCACGGCUUACCUUGAUGAGUAUACUGAAAUAUUCAAGAUGGGUAGCAACAGUACCAGCAAUGCUGAGACUGACUGCAAUGCUACUAAUGUGACAUUUCAGAACUCCCUUUAUGCAACUACCUACAUCCUCAUAUUCAUCCCCGGUCUUUUGGCCAAUAGUGCAGCCUUGUGGGUUCUGUGCCGCUUCAUCAGCAAGAAAAAUAAAGCCAUCAUUUUCAUGAUCAACCUCUCUGUGGCUGAUCUUGCUCAUGUGCUGUCCUUACCUCUCCGGAUUUACUAUUACAUCAGUCACCACUGGCCCUUCCCGAAGGCCCUUUGCCUGCUGUGCUUCUACCUGAAGUAUCUCAACAUGUAUGCCAGCAUUUGUUUCCUGACGUGCAUCAGCCUUCAGAGAUGUUUUUUUCUCCUCCAGCCCUUUAGGGCCAGAGACUGGAAGCGUAGGUAUGAUGUAGGCAUCAGUGCUGCCAUCUGGAUCAUCGUGGGAACAGCCUGCUUGCCAUUUCCCCUUCUGAGAAGCACCUACUCAUCCAACAACAAUCAGUCCUGUUUUGCUGAUCUUGGUUACAAGAAAAUGAAUACUGUGGCUUUGGUUGGAAUGAUUACAGUUGCUGAGCUGGCAGGAUUUGUGUUCCCAGUAGUUAUCAUUGCAUGGUGUACCUGGAAAACUACUAUAUCCUUGAGGCAGCCACCAAUGGCUUUCCAAGGAAUCAGUGAGAGGCAGAAAGCACUGCGGAUGGUUUUUAUGUGUGCUGCAGUUUUUUUCAUCUGCUUCACUCCUUAUCAUAUUAACUUUAUUUUUUACACUAUGGUGAAGGAAACCAUCAUUAGCAGUUGUCCCAUUGUCCAAAGCACACUGUAUUUCCACCCCUUUUGUCUAUGCCUUGCAAGUCUCUGUUGUCUUUUGGAUCCCAUUCUGUAUUAUUUCAUGGCCUCAGAGUUUCGUGACCAACUAUCUCGCCAUGGCAACUCUGUGACCCGUUCCCGCCUUAUGAGCAGGGAGAGUGGUUCAUCAAUGAUUAGCUAAAAAUAAAAUACCUUUUCAAUUGUGACUUUAGCUAUGUUUUCUAGCUUUUUCCAAAGGCCAGAAUGACCAGCCAAUUUGUUUAAGAAAUUUGUGAACAAUGGAAAUUUUCUUCUGUGAUAAUUGUGGUCACAAGGAUGUAACAGUGGAGGCAGUGUAAGAAAUGUGGGAGAGGAAGGAAGGAUAGAGUUUGCUUGUUUCCUCUUUGAAAUUCAAAAUACUGUCUUGGACCUAGAUCAAGUUUUUACAGAUGUUUUCAACCAAAUGGAGAUUGUAUAUUUUAUCUUAAACAUUACUUCAGUAAAUAUAUUGCUAAUAAGAUAUACAAUAAAUACAUGAAUCUUUUCCAAGAUAUAAAAGUAAAUUUCUAUUAUAUUAAAACUUUUAUUUGUGAAUGAGAGUAAAAUUCGUCAAUAUUUUUAAGAGAUAAAUAAAUGCACAGGCAAAGGGGGAGAGACAAUUGAGGCAAUGUGUGCAUAAAUUUCAGGGCCACAAACCUAUUACUGAAUAAAGGGCAUAUAAAUUUUUUCACUCACUAAAAAUGUAUUGGAUACCUAUUGUAUUCUGGGUUACCAGAAUUUCAUGGGUACUUUCACAAUUUAGCAUCUCAUCUGGUCCUUUUUUUUUUAAAGUUUUAAUGUUUAUUCAUUUUUGAGAGAGAGACAGAGUGUGAGUAGA